AUGGCGCAGCUGUGUGGGCUGAGGCUGUGCGGGGCUCUCCUCGCCCUGUUGGCUUCGCUGCUCCUCUUCCGGGCUGAGGCGGCCGACGGAGAACGUGGCGUCCACGACUUUUGUCGAGUUCCGAAGAAAGUGGGAAGAUGCCGGGCCUCUUUCCCUAGAUGGUGGUACAAUGUCACUGAUGGGUCCUGCCAGCAGUUUGUGUAUGGUGGCUGUGACGGGAAUAAAAAUAAUUACAUGACCAAAGAGGACUGUCUUGAGAAAUGUGCUGGUGUCACAGAGAACACCAUUGAUGAGCUGGCCACCAGAAGGAAUGGAGCGGAUUCCGCUGUCCCAAGUGUUUCCAGAAGGCAGGAUUCUGAUGAUCUCUCCAGUGACAUUUUUGACUACGAAGAAUACUGCACUGCCAAAGCAGUCACUGGGCCUUGCCGCGCAUCUUUCCCACGCUGGUACUUUGAUGCAGAGAAGAACUCUUGCGACAGCUUCAUCUACGGAGGGUGCCGGGGCAAUAAAAACAGCUACCUCUCUGAGGAGGAGUGCAUGCACCACUGCCUUGGCAAGCAGUUGUACCCUUUCCUCCCCCGUGGCUCUAAAGUGGUGGUCCUGGUGGGGCUCUUCGUGAUGGUCCUGAUCGUCUUGCUGGGCGCCUCUGUGGUCUGCCUGAUCCGGGUGGCCCGGAGGAACCAGGAGCGCACCCUCCGCACCGUCUGGAGCACUGGGGAUGACAAGGAGCACCUGGUGAAGAACACCUACGUCCUGUGAAGGCCCUGCCAGCAAGAGGCUGCCCUUCCUUGGGCCUCCCUGCGGAUGGCGAAAACCUGGGGAGGGAGGGGAGACAAGUGUAGCGUGUGUGUAUGUGCUUUUUAAAAUAGAGUGAUUGGUUUGUGCUUUUACGAUCA